AUGAUGCAGAAACAUAUGUUCGGAUGUGGUGCCUCACUCCUUCCCCUCCCCCCCGCACCGCCCCCCUCCUCAUCUGCUGCUGCCCGUCCGCCCGUGCGGUCGGUUAUCGUGUUCAUCUCGUCGUGCCAGUCCUGCCAGGCAGUGAGCGCACUGCUGGACGAAGUGGGUCUCUCCAACGCGCCUCUCCACGCCCUGCUCCCCCAGUGCAAGCGCUCAGCCGCUCUGCACCGCUUCAAGGCGUCUCAACACUCUGCCUCUCCCUCUUUUCUUCCUGUUCCCCCUCCUCCCUGGUUCAGAUCCUGUCAGGCCGUCAGCGCACUGCUGGACGAAGUGGGUCUCUCCAACGCGCCUCUCCACGCGCUGCUGCCCCAGCGCAAGCGCUCGGCCGCCUUGCACCGCUUCAAGGCGUCCCAAGUGCCCAUCCUGGUGGCCACAGACGUCGCCAGCAGAGGGCUUGACAUUCCGACUGUGGAUUUGGUGAUUAACUACGACAUCCCCAGUCGAGUCGACCUGGUGAAUAACGACACCCCCAGGUUCACACGGGGCUAUGUGCACAAGGUUCACACGGGACUAUGUGCACAGGGUGGGACGAACGGCCAGAGCAGGGAGGGGAUGUUCACACGGGACAAUGUGCACCGGGUGGGGCGAACAGCCAGAGCAGGGAGGGGAUGUGUGAGGCACUUGAAGAAAGACCUUACCCCUCUCACCCCUACCCUGUCCCACCUAUCCCCACACCAACCCAGGUUCACACGGGACUAUGUGCACAGGGUGGGGCGAACGGCCAGAGCAGGGAGGGGAUGUGUGAGAUGCUUGAAGAAACUCCUUACCCCUCUCACCCCUACCCUGUUCACCCGGGACUAUGUGCAUCGGGUGGGGCGAACAGCCCGAGCAGGGAGGGGCGGGCGAGCCAUCAGCCUGGUGACACAGUACGACGUGCAUCUGUAUGACGUGCAUCUGGUGCACAGCAUAGAGAAGCUAAUUGGCCGACAGCUGGCGGAGUGCACUGAUGUGACUGAAGGCGAUGUGCUUAAAUGCAUCAGCAAGGUGUUCAAGGCGAGGAGAGCAGCACUGCUGAAGGUGUCAGAGAGUGGGUUUGAGGAGCGGGCCAAGCAGAGGGCGGAGCAGAAGAGGAAGAUACGGGAGGAGCGGAGGGAGAGAGAGGAGGGUGAGAAAGGGAAGAAAGGCAAGUGA